AUCACCGGGCCCCCACGUGUGAGGGCUGCCACAUUACAAAGAGGCCUGGCUCUGAGGAGGAUGUCACGGCCGCUCGCCAGCUCCAGUCUGCACCAUGAGUGAUGAGCGGAGGCUGCCCGGCAGUGCGGUAGGCUGGCUGGCAUGCGGAGGCCUGUCGCUGCUAGCCAAUGCCUGGGGCAUCCUCAGUGUGGGUGCCAAGCAGAAGAAGUGGAAGCCUCUGGAGUUCUUGCUUUGCACGCUGGCAGCCACCCACAUGCUCAACGUGGCGGUGCCCAUCGCCACGUACGCGGUUGUGCAGCUGCGGAGGCAGCGCCCUGACUACGAGUGGAACGAGGGCCUCUGUAAGGUCUUCGUGUCGACGUUCUACACCCUCACGCUGGCCACCUGCUUCUCCGUCACCUCCAUCUCCUACCACCGCAUGUGGAUGGUCCGGUGGCCGGUCAACUACCGGCUGAGCAACGCCAAGAAGCAGGCGGUGCACACGGUUAUGGGCAUCUGGAUGGUGUCCUUCAUCCUGUCGGCCCUUCCUGCCGUCGGCUGGCAUGACACCAGCGAGCGUUUCUACACCCACGGCUGUCGCUUCAUCGUGGCCGAGAUCGGCCUGGGCUUCGGCGUCUGUUUCUUGCUGCUGGUGGGAGGCAGCGUGGCCAUGGGUGUGGUCUGCACGGCCAUUGCCCUCUUCCAGACGCUGGCCACGCAGGUGGGACACCGGGCUGACCGCCGCGCCUUCACUGUGCCCACCAUCGUGGUGGAAGACGCACAGGGCAAGCGCCGCUCCUCCAUUGACGGCUCGGAGCCUGCCAGAACUUCACUGCAGAUCACGGGCCUGGUGGCCACCAUUGUGGUCAUCUAUGACUGCCUCAUGGGCUUCCCUGUGCUGGUGGUGAGCUUCAGUAGCCUGCGGGCUGAUGCCUCAGCACCUUGGAUGGUGCUCUGUGUCCUGUGGUGCUCCGUGACCCAGGCCCUGCUGCUGCCUCUGUUCCUGUGGACUUGUGAUCGCUACCGGGCAGACCUCAAGGCAGUCUGGGAGAAGUGUGUGGCCCUGAUGGCCAACGAUGAGGACUCAGACAACGAGACCAGUCUAGAGGGCAGCAUCUCCCCCGACCUGGUAUUGGAGCGCUCCCUUGACUAUGGAGGUGACUUCGUGGCUCUGGACAGGAUGGCCAAGUAUGAACUCUCUGCCCUGGAGGGAGGCUUACCCCAGCUCUACCCUCUGCGGCCACUGCAGGAGGAUCGGAUGCAGUAUCUGCAGGGCGCGGGGAGGCAUCGGUGCGGGUUUCCAGGAGGGCAGCCCUGUUUCAGCCCGGCCGGGUGCUCGCAGGUCCCGCCCACCCGGCGGUUCUCCCACGAUGAUGCCGACGUGUGGGCAGCCAUCCCGCUGCCCACCUUCCUGCCACGCUGGAGCUCGGGCGAGGACUUGGCAGCCCUGGCACACUUAAUGCUGCCCGCGGGCUCCGACCGGCGGCGCGGGAGCCUGCUGGCCUUCACCGAAGAUGCGCCCCCGUUCCGCCCGCGCCGUCGUUCUGCCGAGAGCCUGUUGUCCCUGCAGCCCUCGUCCCUAGAUGGUGGCCCGCGUCGCGCCCAGGACUCGCCUCCGGGCAGCCCGCGUCGCCGCCCCGGGCCUGGUGCUCGCUCUGCCUCGGUCUCGCUGCUGCCCGACGCCUUCGCGCUGACCGCCUUCGACCGCGAGCCGCAGCCUCUGCGUCGCGUGCCCGCCCCGGCGCGGCCCUUCCCCGCUGCCCCGGACGGCACGGAGCCUGCUGAGGUCCCGACGCCCCCUGGUGGCCGUGCGCAGCGCAGCCAGGGACGCCGGGCGGCGCGCGCGCACGCGGGGCCCCUGCAGAGCAGCCUGAGCGCGUCCUGGGGCGAGCCCGGCGGCUUGCACGCGGCGGGCUGCGGCAGCACUAGCAGCUUUCUGAGCUCGCCCUCGGAGUCCUCGGGCUAUGUCACGCUGCACUCGGAUUCGCUGGGCUCUGCGUCCUAGCCACCCCACCCUCACCCCAGACGCCAUGCAGACGGAAGAGGCACAGAACUAAAGAUGCUGCCACAUGUGUUAGGCCCCAAUAAGCGCCACCUGUGCUAGGGAGUGAAUGGGUAGUGAACGCCUCUUACAGUUCCUUCCUUCUGAUGUCGCCUGGAGGGACGAUCGGUCACCUUGGAGGGUUGCCCAGGACAUGGACCUGCUGCUGGGCACGGCAUCUCCCAGGAAGAGGCAGGCUGUGCCUGUGUAGCGAGUGGCAUCUGUACGUUUUGUACACCUCUGAGGCUAGACCGACCAUCAUUGGAAAGGACAUUCUCAGAGACGCUUAAACCGGAAGUCACGACUGCAUCCAACUUCCCGCACUGCCGCUGCCUCACCUCUAGGGUGUGGCGUGUAGAGAGUCCGCAAACACGGGUCUUCAGGGCCCAAACAAGUUCUAUUGAGCAGGUUUUCCUUGUGGCCUGCCUCAGCUUCCCUAUCUCCGAAGAGUGGAUGACCAUGAUACAUCUCUCAGGGCUGUUUGAAGAACACUCCCGAUCCGUGUGCCCUCGUAUUUGAAUGGACCGGUUGUGAGAGGUAGCUCUAGGGCCCUUUCUUUGUUAGGGUCAGCCUUCAGCAUGUGGGCCCCAGAUCUGAGGACUCUCAGUCUCAAUGACCUUUGCCCUCUUGGAGACUCGCCCCACCACGUUAGCUAAAGCACAGCACCAUGGGUAUGACAGCCACCUCUACUCCUGUUAGUGUCCCCAUGUCAAGAUUCCACCGUAUUGCCUAUCCCCCACUAUGUCGGCCGCCUCUGUGACCCUGUUGCGAAGGCUGCGGGUGUCUGGCGAAAAGAACCAAAGCAAGUGGAAGCGGACUUCCGUGUCCUGGUGCCGGUCUCCAGUUCUGCCUCCCACCUACACAGGCAAAGCCCCCCCACCCGGCAAGGGUGUCCUGUACCCCACCUUCACUGCAAGAAGGGCUUUGCUCUCUCCUGGGUACACCCUUUUCUGAGUCUGGGCUGUGCCAGGGACAUGGGUAUUCCCAGGAGAGACCCAGGGCUGGAGCUGGGAGCUGUCCCCUUGCAGCAGACACUUGUGGUAGGACCUGGUUAGUCCCAAGGCCAGCACAGAGCCCGCCUGUGUCUUGCUCUUGACCUAAGGUCAGGUCAAUCUGCCCUCCCUCUGCAGACAGACUUCCAACCACGGGUGGGGAUGGGGAUUGGGGACUGCCCUACCUUAGGCCUCAGAAGUCUCUAGUCCCUGGCUUUGAGCAGAGAAGCAGAGACUGUGGUCCAUAUUUGGACUCAGGAGAAGCCGCCCCUGACCAUUUGCUGCUGUGCCUUCAGGGACUGACAUGUCAUACGGGGGCAGAGGCCACCAGCUAGCCACUGUCUCCCUCACAGGUCUCAAAUGACCAAUUUACCACUCUCGGGUUUCAUUCUGUAUUUUGUAUUCAAUGGCAAUACUUGUAAUGGGGACAUGGUCCCCCUAAGUCA